GACGGGUCUCUUCCUGCACACGCACGUACGUACUCUGGACUCUCACAGUGUGACGUAUGCCCUGGCGCCCGGUUAGCUAGCUUCUAAGCUAGUUAGCUAGUUGCGGUUUCUAAUUGCCAGUUAAUACCAGCUAGAACUAGCUAGUAAGUGGCGUUUUCUUCCCUGGUUACUCUCAGCAUCGACUAUGGACGACGAAAUGCACCCCAGAACCCUGUAUGUGGGAAACCUCUCCAGGGAUGUAACAGAAAUUCUGAUCCUGCAACUCUUCACCCAGAUAGGACCAUGCAAAAGCUGUAAAAUGAUCACAGAGCACACGAGCAAUGAUCCCUAUUGCUUUGUGGAGUUCUUUGAACACAGAGAUGCUGCUGCAGCCCUUGCAGCCAUGAAUGGGAGGAAGAUAUUAGGAAAGGAGGUUAAAGUAAACUGGGCCACUACUCCAAGUAGCCAGAAGAAAGACACAUCCAAUCACUUCCAUGUUUUUGUGGGUGAUUUGAAUCCAGAGAUUACUACUGAGGAUGUCAGGGUUGCGUUUGCACCAUUUGGGAAAAUAUCGGAUGCCCGAGUUGUGAAGGACAUGACGACAGGCAAAUCAAAGGGGUAUGGAUUUGUGUCCUUCUACAACAAACUGGAUGCAGAGAAUGCCAUUAUUAACAUGUCGGGACAGUGGCUCGGAGGGCGCCAAAUCAGGACUAACUGGGCUACGCGUAAACCUCCAGCUCCUAAGAGCACUCAGGACAAUGGUUCAAAGCAGCUGAGGUUUGAUGACGUAGUGAAUCAAUCCAGUCCACAGAACUGCACUGUGUACUGUGGAGGGAUCCAAUCAGGGCUAUCAGAACAUCUAAUGCGACAGACCUUCUCACCAUUCGGUCAGAUAAUGGAAGUCCGGGUUUUCCCAGAGAAAGGAUAUUCUUUCAUCAGGUUUUCCUCCCAUGACAGUGCUGCCCAUGCCAUUGUUUCAGUAAAUGGCACAGUCAUUGAAGGACACGUAGUGAAGUGCUUCUGGGGCAAAGAAUCACCCGACAUGGCAAAAAGUCCACAGCAGGUUGAUUACAGUCAGUGGGGACAGUGGAACCAGGUCUACGGGAAUCCGCAGCAGCAGCAGCAGCAGCAGCAGCAGCAGCAGUAUGGGCAGUAUGUGACCAAUGGGUGGCAAAUGCCCUCUUACAACAUGUAUGGCCAGACAUGGAACCAGCAAAGUUUUGGAGUAGAGCAGUCCCAGUCAACAGCCUGGAUGGGAGGCUUUGGAUCUCCAUCAGCCCAGGCCGCAGCCCCGCCUGGUACAGUCAUGUCCAGCCUGGCCAACUUCGGCAUGGCUGGCUACCAAACGCAGUAAGAAGGCCCUAACCUCAAUGUAAUACCAAGGCGACACAGCACUCUUACAUUUGGACAGCUGCUGUGGUAAAAGAAGGGCGGGGCCAUAUUCACAAAGCCUUUCUAGCUAAUAGUUGCUCCUACACAAUUACAGUAUACAACAGAAGGGAGCACACCCCUGUGCAAUAUUACAUAAAGGUCAGGUGAUCAGAGCUGUACUGUCCAACAGUAAUUGUGUUACUUCUGAGUACAGCAGUAUGGUAUUUGCUCUCAUGCAAAGUUAAAAAUGAAUGGUAGAUAUUUCCUUUAUAAUAAAUGUGUUUAUAUAAUAUUUGCUUUUCUUCAUCAGAGGAAAUACCCUUUCAAUUCACGCAAUAAUGCUGUUAGUGAUACAGUUUUGAAUCUUUUGAAAUCUAGGUAAUAUUGUACAGGUGUGUAUUCGCUUUUGGUGUAGAGUGUAUGAUUUUAAUCACAGUCAAUUAAACUCAAAACACUUAAAAAAAAAAA